AGGUUUGGGUGGUCACGUUGUCAGAGUGAGAAAGAGAGGUUUGGGGCGGGACUGGAACUGGGACUUCGGCGUAAGUUCCGAUCCAAGUCACUGUGACUGUAAUGACCGUGCAGGUCUGUGGCAGUCUUAUCUCAGUAAACCUUGCAAGUCUGCAAGUGACGUGGAAUACGUGACCGACAGCUGCGCUGCGUUGUAACGUCAGAGGUGGUCACAAUAACGAAUCUCGAGGUCCUCGAGCCGGCCAGGCAACAGGAGUCGUUUGACUGGAACAUUGGCAUGUCUUAAGUAGUGACAAUCAGGCAAAAUGGUGGUGAAAGAGCUGUACUCCAUCUUGGUCUCUGUGGAGGGGAUGACCUGUAACUCCUGUGUGGAGUCUAUUGAAGAUAAAAUUGGGAAACUUCAAGGUGUAUACAGUAUAAAGGUCUCUCUAGAUAGUAAGAAUGCAAUGAUGUUCUUUGACCCUACCUUCCAGACUACCGAAAGCCUUAGAGAAGCAAUUGAUGAUAUGGGAUUUGAAGCUAGUGUCUCCGUUUCAGCUGUCUCUCAAGUUAUACCCACAGAAACAAGCCUUUUCAGUUUGGGAAUGUUACCCAGUUCCUACCAAGAUCAAGUGCUCAAAGAGCUAUGCCAAAUAAAAGGUGUUUUAGAUGUUAAGAUAACUCCUGACCUGAACAAUGUGGCAGUAACAUUUAUGCAGACGUUUAUAAAUGCCAGUCAAAUUAAAGGACUUAUUCAAAACUUGAUUGAUGCUUACUUAAAUGAAGGUAAUUCUGACCCACUUGAAGGUUCUAAUUUAGUUUCUACAAAUGAAGUCACGAUAAAAAUGAAGAUAGAGGGCAUGCCAUUUAUGUCCUGUGCUACUUCUAUUGAAGAAAAGGUUGGAAAGCUAAAAGGAGUCAAGAGCAUUAAUGUUUCUAUGAAAGAAGAAGAAGCAACUGUUAUUUACCAACCACAUCUCAUCGCAGAAGAAGAGAUACUCAGACAGAUAUCUGCAGCUGGAUUCAAGGCAUUCACUGAAAAACAACCUUUGACGCCUAAGCUAAAACCUAAUUUUGAAACUAUAAACAAUACAAAAUUUCCUGACACACUAUCUUCAAGACUAAGCCCUAAAAAAGAUAAUAGUAUAUUAUCAGUUGUUCUUCAAAUAGAAGGCAUGCACUGCAAUUCUUGUGUUGUCAAUAUCCAGAAAAAUAUAUCUGAACUUUGUGGUGUGAACAGUGUUCGUGUCUCUUUAGAAGACAAGGCAGCUACAAUCAGAUACACUCCAAAAUUGAUAAGUAUAAAUAGCCUAAAGAAAACUAUUGAGGAUCUUCCUCCAGGAGAAUUUAAAGUAGUAAGUGAACGUAUCAUCAAUUCAUCUGUCCCUGAGCCGCAAUUCAUAAACAGUUCAAGUCAGCCCUUGACAUCUACAGCUGUUGUUUGUAUAGAGGGAAUGACCUGCAACUCGUGUGUACAGUCUAUUGAAGAAAAGUUGUCAAGGCGAAAGGGUGUGCGGUCUGCAAAAGUGUCGUUGAUACACCAGAAAGGUGUUUUUGAGUUUGACCCAAUGGUAACUACACCAGAAGAAAUAAGGGAUGCAGUAGAAGACAUGGGAUUUGAGGCCUUCCUUCCUGAUAAUCGAUCUUCAGAUUCAGAAAACAAACUCCAGUCAAAGGUGCCUGUAAAUCAGAAUUCAGUGGUGGCAGGCCUUCCAGGUGCAUGUCAGGAAAGUGAAGUACCUGGUCCCUCGGCACCUCUAAUCUGUCAGAGCAGCAGUAAAGAGCAGCAAACAGAAACAACAAAGAAGUGCUUCAUCCAGGUGACAGGAAUGACCUGUGCUUCCUGCGUUGCCAACAUUGAAAGAAAUCUCAGGAGGGAAAGUGGUAUUUACUCAGUUUUAGUAGCCCUUAUGGCAGGAAAAGCUGAGGUGCGUUAUAACUCUGCAAUUAUUGAGCCCCUGGGUAUUGCAGAACUAAUCAAAGAACUGGGCUUUGGUGCUUCAGUAAUUGAAAACUAUGAAGAUUCUAGUGGACAUCUGGAACUUGUGAUCAGAGGAAUGACCUGUGCCUCAUGUGUUCACAAAAUUGAGUCUAAUUUAACAAAAGCCAAAGGUGUAUUGUAUGUUUCUGUUGCACUAGCAACCAACAAAGCACAUAUCAAGUAUGAUCCUGAGGUUAAUGGUCCUCGUGAUAUAAUGAGGUUAAUUGAGAACAUGGGCUUUGAAGCUUCCUUAGCAAAAAAGGAUCGCUCUGCAAGUCACUUGGACCACAGGAAAGAAAUAAGACAAUGGAGAAGGUCAUUUUUUGUGAGCCUGAUGUUUUGCAUUCCGGUUAUGGGACUAAUGAUCUAUAUGAUGAUAAUGGACCAUCACUUCUCAACUCAUCAUCACCAUAAUGUUACAGGAGCUGAAUUAAAUGAGUUUCAUUCAUCAAUGUUUCUGGAAAAACAACUCCUUCCUGGGCUGUCCAUUAUGAAUCUCAUAUCUUUUUUAUUCUGUGUCCCUGUUCAGUUUGUUGGUGGAUGGUAUUUCUACAUUCAAGCAUAUAAAGCAGUGAAGCAUAAGUCAGCAAACAUGGAUGUGCUAAUAGUCCUGGCAACCACAAUUGCUUUUGCGUACUCCUUUGUAAUUUUGUUGGUUGCAAUGAUUGAGAGAAAUAGAGUGAAUCCCAUAACAUUUUUUGAUACUCCUCCUAUGUUGUUUGUAUUUGUCUCUUUGGGAAGAUGGCUAGAACACCUGGCAAAGAGCAAAACAUCUGAAGCUCUAGCAAAGCUGAUGUCUUUACAAGCUACAGAGGCAACUGUGGUUACACUGGGACCAAAUAUGGCAGUUCUUAGUGAGGAACAUCUUGAUGUAGAGUUGGUCCAUCGUGGUGAUUAUGUCAGAGUUGUACCAGGUGGAAAAUUUCCAGUGGACGGUAAAGUAGUUGAUGGUCACUCCAUGGCUGAUGAAUCUUUAAUAACAGGUGAAGCCAUGCCUGUUACUAAGAAGCCUGGAAGCUUAGUGAUUGCAGGAUCCAUCAACCAACAUGGUGCUCUUAUUAUUGAAGCUACCCAUGUAGGAUCAGAUACAACCUUAUCUCAAAUUGUCAAGCUGGUGGAAGAAGCACAGACGUCAAAGGCUCCAAUCCAACAGUUUGCAGACAAGAUCAGUGGUUAUUUUGUUCCAUUUAUUGUUGUUGUUUCUGUCAUUACACUUCUAGCUUGGAUUGCUGUUGGAUUUGCAAACUUCAAGAUUGUUGAGAAAUACUUUCCUGAAUAUGUCACUAACAUUUCUCGUGCCGAAGUGGUGAUUCGAUUUGCUUUUCAGGCUUCCAUUACUGUGUUAUGUAUUGCAUGUCCAUGCUCCUUGGGCUUGGCAACACCAACAGCUGUAAUGGUGGGCACUGGAGUUGGAGCACAAAAUGGGAUUUUAAUCAAAGGUGGAGAGCCACUUGAAAUGGCACAUAAGGUGAAAACAAUUGUCUUUGAUAAAACUGGAACAGUGACUCAUGGCACACCAGUAGUCAUUCAAAUAAAGAUCCUAAUUGAAAGUAACCACAUGCCACGUACUAAAUGGCUUGCAAUUGUUGGAACAGCAGAAAGUAACAGUGAACACCCUCUGGGUACAUCUGUAACCAAGUACUGCAAGCAGGAAUUGGGCGUUGAAACACUAGGAACUUGCAGUGACUUUCAGACUGUUCCAGGCUGUGGAAUCAGCUGUCGUGUCAGAAACACUGAGAUGCUUUUCUGUACUACAGAUGACAGCAUUGCAGAGAAAGAUUCCAUGAAUGCUCUUUUAGUUGAACUGGAAAGUGGAAACAAUGAGAGAGAAAAAGUUUCAGUCAGAAAUUUUGAAAGUUCAACUAAAAAAUUGCCAGAAUCUAGAACAUACCACGUACUGAUUGGAAACCGUGAAUGGAUGAGAAGGAAUGCACUUCAGAUUAAUAGAGAAAUUGACAGUUCCAUGAUAGACCAUGAGUCUAAGGGUCGCACUGCCAUUCUUGUUGCCAUUGAUGGUGUGCUAUGUGGAUUAAUAGCAAUUGCAGAUACAGUUAAACCUGAGGCUGAAUUAGCUGUACUUGCGUUAAAAUCCAUGGGCUUAGAGGUGGUGCUAAUGACUGGUGACAACUGCAAAACUGCCAGAGCUAUAGCUUCACAGGUUGGCAUAACUAAGGUUUUUGCAGAAGUCCUACCCUCCCAUAAAGUCGCAAAGGUCGAGCAACUACAGAUGGAAGGAAGGAGAGUUGCUAUGGUUGGAGAUGGGAUCAAUGACUCUCCUGCACUUGCAAUGGCUGAUGUAGGAAUUGCUAUUGGAACAGGAACUGAUGUUGCUAUUGAAGCUGCAGACGUAGUAUUAAUCAGAAAUAAUCUGUUGGAUGUGGUUGCAAGUAUUGACUUGUCAAAGAAGACUGUCAAAAGGAUCAAAAUUAAUUUUGUUUUUGCUUUAAUUUAUAACCUUGUUGGAAUUCCAAUUGCUGCAGGAGUCUUUCUCCCAGUUGGCUUGGUGUUGCAGCCGUGGAUGGGCUCUGCUGCAAUGGCUGCUUCAUCUGUUUCCGUAGUUUUGUCUUCUCUUUUAUUAAAACUUUAUAAAAAACCCAGUCCUGAGAAGCUUGAAAAAAGAGUUCAAGGGAAAGUCAGACAAAAGAGCCUCUCUGAUAUCAGUGUCCACAUUGGCAUUGAUGAAAGAAGACAUGAAUCACCAAAGCUGAGUUUGUUGGACAGAAUUGUUAACUACAGCAGAGCCUCCAUAAACUCUUUGAGAUCUGAUAAACGAUCUCUGAACAGUAUGGCACUUAGUGAACCCGACAAGCAUUCUCUUCUUAUUUGUGAUGGUCCAUAUGAAGAUGAGAUGAUAUGACUAAUGAAUGUCUACACCAUUUCAGAAGUAACCAUGUGCACUAAAUUCUGCAUGUAUAAUUUUUAUUGCCUUUUGAAAAGGCAUGUUGGAGUGUCACCAAAAAAUAAGAUCCUGGAUGUUCAAAGGGAUUUUCACUUUUAGGUGACUUGGUGUUAGGAUCCUCCAAGUUAAUAUAUUUAUCAAUGAGAUUCUUUGAUUAGUUAAAGUAUGAAUUCUACAUUUUCCUUAAUUACUACUUAUGCACUUGGUCUGUGUGAUUGUCAUUUUCAUUUCACAUUAUGACAGCACAGCAUGAUUCAGGUUGAUGCUGAUGAUCAGGUUAAUUGAAAUCAGUUUGUUACUAAAGACUACAUAACCAGAAGAUUAGAAAUCAAAUCAGUAUUAUUAUAAUUAUUUGCUGAAUAAUUUAAUGCUUGCCUACAUUUUUUUAGUAUCAGUUUAUGAAUUUACUGUUAGGAUUUCUGAAAAUUAAGCACCUUUGUGAUAAUAGUUGUGUCCAAGAAGACUAUUUGAAUUUUAAAAUUUUAUGAGACAAACUCACAUCAUCUUGUGAACAUAAUGUCAAAAUCUAUAAUGUUGUUGCCAUUUAGCAAUAUUACCUCUAAAGUAUUUUUUUUUAUUUGAUGAUUUUUAAAGGUAAAAAUGAUAGUUACCCUUAAAAAUCAUUUGAAAGAAGUUAUGGUAAUUUGGUGUUAUUUUCAGGCUUUACAGUUGAAUAAUUUGGAGGCUUUGUCUUUCAAAUUGCCCUUUUUUUUGCUUUAACCGAAAUAUCUAAUUAGGGGUAACAUCUAAUAUCCAGAUGCUUUUACCACAACAGAUUUACUGUCAAAUUUUAGUGAUAGUAAAUAAAAUUGUGUUUGCACUACAUGUAACAAUAUCACAAUGCCAGUGGCCUGUUACUUUAGAUACAAGCCAGUUCUGAAAGUAAAUGUUAAAAAAUUUCAAGAUGUACAGUUUUCUGUACCUGCAGUGGCCUCUUGUAAUCUCUUCGUUAAAUCACCUAGAAUAUAUUGCAUUUAUCUGGAGAUGCACCAUGUUGGCUUUUCAAAUAUACAAAAAUGUUUUAAAUGUCAUUCCAAUCUUUAGCAGUAUCAGUAUUGGGUAAGGUAGUAAACAACCCUGUAAUUGCAUUGCAUACUCAAACACAGCCACAUGCACAAUGAAACUUUCAAUAUUUUUGAUAUCAUGUUACAUGCACUUUUAAAGUGAGCAACUAAUUUAAGUUUCCAUGUUACUAGACCUCUGCAAUGUUUUGCAAAAUUAUGAUAUUGGAAAUGUAUUAUUUUACAAUACAAGUGACUUGACUACCUCACUAUUCAUAUAGAAUAACGCUCAGUUCUUUCUGCUCAGAUGCUCAUUGUGCCCUUUAACAAAGGAAGAUAUUGACUGCCCUAAAAGAACAUUAGAGACCCUCAUCUAAAAGGGUGUUCUCACUAGUAAAAUCCUAACUAAAUACUGUACUAAAUAAACCCACUUUGUGACCAGAUAUCAAUCUGAUGGUACAUUAUUAAGCAGCACCUUCAUGUGCAUAUUGUUUACUUGGUGUCUUUGAAACCAUUGGUGCCAGUGGCAGUUUAACUUGCAAGAUGUCUACAGUUUGCUUUUACACCUUUGGAUAGUCUGUAUAUAUACAAUACAUAGAAUAUAAAUAAAAUGUUUUUUGUUAUGUAUUGUAUAUUUUGAGCAAUUUUUAUAACAUGGAAACAUAGGUCAGAAUUUACUCAUCUUGGUCUCUUUUGGGGUGCAGUAGCUGUGGUUAUUUCUUGCAACAUAUCCUUUAAUUAUUAGCUAACUAACGCAUUUACUUAGAAUUCCUUGCUUUAUGCUCAUUUUAUUUUCAUGUUUCUACAUUCAGAGUAAUGAUUAAGAGUAAUGAUUUACUCUGGAAAGUUUCCUGAUGUUUUUAUUAAAAAUUUCCUAUUAUUUAUUUCUAAAUAAGACAAAACUGAGUAAGUUCAGAUGGGUUGGUCAUGAGUUGGCUAUUCUACAAAAGUGCUUUAUAUGUAUUACCAGUUUACUGAAAAUCAAUUUUAAUAAAUCUCAUAGGAAUGUAAAGGCCACAGUAAAUGGAAUCCCAAGCGCAAAUACUGAUAAACUAAAGAAACUUAAGCAUAUCUCUAAUCAGUGGUCAAAUAAAUUGACACGUUAGUAGCAACUGCAGACCUGCUUGAGACCAAGAUUUGUAAUCCUAUUUAUUAUUCUAUCAACUCAUAGUGACUUUAAAAAGUGUUCACCCUUCUUGUUUUUUCAUGUUUUAUUGUUUUUGAAGAUGUAAUUUUAACAUACAUAAUUGGAGUUCAGCUAUUAUUAAUUGAUACAGAAAUCUCUAAAAUGCCAAGGCAAAAAUAUGUUUUACCAAGUCCUUCUAAAAUAAUUAAUAACAGAUAAUAAAUAAUUGAAUCCAUACAUAUUAAAUCACCUUCCUUGAGACCAUAUUUUGUAAAUAUGCUGUUGGCAGAAUUUUGGGAAUACUGGAUCUGGAUGAGGUCAUAUUUUUCACUUGGUCACUCCUGAAUUUCUCCAUUUUGUUUUAAACUUGCUUAAAUGUGGCUUUCAUAGUAUUUUGAAUCAUUCUCCUGUUGGAAGAGGAAUUAUUUUGUGGACAGGAGAAUAUUUCCUCUGUAAUGUUUUAUACUUUGCUGCAUUCAUUUUUCUUACUAUACUUAAAAGCUUGCCAUGGAACUAUGGAAUCUACCAUUUGUGUGCCUUUGUAACUCCACUUGAUUUUUUUUUUAAUGUGUGCUUAUUUACAACAGUGCUUUAGUUUAAUUAACAAUUCAAUGAUGCUAAAGAUAAGUAACCAUGUCAUUUUUCACAUAGGUACAUUCUUUUCGUCUAUGAAAUGCUGUAAUUCCUUUGCAGUUGUCAUUGGCCUCUUCAUGGACUCCUAGACUAGAACCAUUAUCACACAGACUCCGUUUUGGAGGCAUGUUCCAUACACAUUCACAAUCAUGACAUGUUUUCAUUUUUAUACAGCUACUUUUGCUGAUCUCUGGGAGCUUCUGAAUGCCUUAGCAAUUGCUCAUACUUUAUCUGGUUGAUACAUUUUACUAACCUUAGCCAGGUUUUGUUCUGAAGGCCCCUUUGUCUACAUGACUUUUUAAGAUAGAUAGAUAGAUAGAUAGAUAGAUAGAUAGAGAUAGAUACUUUAUUAAUCCCAAUGGGAAAUUCACAUUCUUCAGCAGCAGCAUACUGAUACAAUAAAUAAUAUUAAAUUAAAGAAUGAUAAUAAUACAGGUGAAAAAAACAGACAAUAACUAUGUAUAAUAUUAAAUAUUAACGUUUACCCCCCCGGUGGAAUUAAAGAGUCGCAUAGUUUGGGGGAGGAACGAUCUCCUCAAUCUGUCUGUGGAGCAGGACAGUGACAGCAGUCUGUCACUGAAGCUGCUCCUCUGUCUGGAGAUGACAUUAUUUAGUGGAUGCAGUGGAUUCUCCAUAAUUGAUAGGAGCCUGCUGAGCGCCCGUCGCUCUGCCACAGAUGUUAAACUGUCCAGCUCCAUGCCAACAAUAGAGCCUGCCUUCCUCACCAGUUUGUCCAGGCGUGAGGCGUCUUUCCUCUUAAUGCUGCCUCCCCAGCACACCACUGUGUAGAAGAGGGCACUCGCCACAACUGUUUGAUAGAACAUCUGCAGCAUCUUAUUGCAGAUGUUGAGGUCUGUCUUUAAGAUAGUCCACGAUCCAUGCCACUAGGUAUGAAUCUAAUCCCAUCUCUGUCAGCUUGUCCCUAAGGAGCAGAGGUUGGAUUGUGUUGAAGGCGCUAGAGAAGUCUAGAAACAUAAUUCUUACAGCACCACUUCCUCUGUCCAAGUGAGAGAGGGAUCGGUGUAGCAUAUAGAUGAUGGCAUCUUCCGCUCCCACCUUCUCCUGAUAUGCAAACUGCAGAGGGUCAAGGGCGUGUUGAACCUGUGGCCUAAGGUGGUGAAGCAGCAGCCUCUCCAUGGUCUUCAUCACAUGUGAUGUCAGAGCAACAGGCCGAAAGUCAUUCAGCUCACUAGGACGUGAUACCUUUGGGACUGGGGUGGUUCUCACUAUGAGAUCCCUGCAGGAUAUCCCAGUCUGUAGUUCCAAAACAUUCUCUCAGAGUAUUCUAAGCCUCCGGAGUCCACUUCCUGAAUGAUCGUAUAAGAGGCAGUGUAUGUAGCCUGAACUCCUGAGAUACUCCAUAACUGCACGAGUGGGCUCCAUUCAACGCUUUUACUAUUUUUAUACAAAGGGAGUAAAUGCUCGUGAAAUCGUUAUGUUUUUAUUUUCUAGAUAUUUUCAGUUAUGAUUUUGUUUUAAUUUAGACAUUGCAGAGCUUUUUAUGCAUUAAGAAUCUAUAUGGUGAUAUAGUAAAAUUAAAAGAAGAGGUGAAUAUUUUUUAUAGACAAAAUUAUUGCUUUUGUUAUAAGUGAAAUGUUUUUUUUACAAGUUAAAUAGCACCCAGAAGGUGGACUAUAGUAUUUUAUUGUUUUGAUACCUUGUGGAAAAUACCACCUUUGAAUUACUCAUGCCAAUAGCAUAACCUUAAUGUGCAGUGUGUAUUUAUUUUGACCUGAUGUGUUGUUGUUGAAACCAUAUAGAAGAGCAAUUUGCAAGAAAUAUUUUAUUGUGAAGCUUCCCAAAGUGUAUUUUAAACUUUCCAAAACACUAAUAACAAAUGACAAGGCUUGUGUUGUGAAUUUAAAGUGGUUGCUGCACUUGUGCUUGAAAAGUGACAUAUUCAGAUAUUCACUGAUGUGUUCCACAGUACCAAGGAGUGCUUAGGAUGGGAGCGCCACACAACAUGAGUAUGUGGUGAUGCAGUCAAGUUUGAAUUGUAAUGAAUGUAUAACAUAAAUGAAAAGCCAAGAGAAGGCCCUAUGUUGAUUUACUGAGGAGAAUAAACAUGUAGGUACAAUAUCUUUAAAUGUUUACAAAACCAGCAUCAUCCCUCCAAAACAUGCUUUGUGAUUAAGCAUACUAAUUUAUCUGUGUUAUUAAAAUUGUCAAAAUAAAUAUAUUUGAGAUUGGUCAGUGUGCCCUGGCAACUACUCCAUAAUGAUUGUGGCAUUUUAAUAAAAGUGGCAAAGACUAACAGUGUCAUUGAAAACAUCUGAGAAGGCAGUGCAAAGCAGAGGCAGCAAAGACUGGAGUGUUUAGCACUUUUAUUCAAAACUUCAUGCAUUUAAAUUGAUCUUCUGCAUUAAAAUUAGACAAGAAACACAGGAGCCCAUUUUUAUCAUUGUAUACAAGUAUACUGUAUUCCUACAUUUUGUGUUUGUACUAAAUUUCUUAAUUGGUGCUGUUUUCCUAUAUACUCUGUUGAGAUAUGUGAGUGACAGCUGUAAUUCUACUAGCCAUUAGCAAAGCCACAUUAGCCACUGAUAGUUGGGAUGCCACAUGGUGUAAAUAUUGACAACUAGCUACCCUCAAAAAAGCAAAAAGAGUAAUAACAAGAAAUAAAAGAUGUGGAAUUGUUGGAGAGUAUUUACUUUACGUACAUUUGUUGUUAUUAGGAAAAAUCUUCACCAGUGGAAGUGUAACAGCUUUUGCAUUAGCAUUUAACACUUGACAUAAACAGCUAUGAGUGAAUGAUUGUGUGCAAAAGAGGGAAAUGCAAGAUUUAUAACCUCAGAUGAACACCAUCUUGUUCAGUUUGUACAACUACAGUGGUCUGUUGAAGUACAAAGUUACCAUACAUAAAUCAAUAUGUUUGCGGUUACUUGGUGUACCAUAGCUGCAGAAAAUUAUAUUUAUCUGUACAGUAAUUGUAAAUUUGUAAUGACAAAAUCUUUUAAUUUACUUUAUUUUUUUGUAUUGUGGUUUUAUUUUUUUAAAUGAUAUUGUAUGUGUGUAGGCGCCCGCUGUCUGUGACCCUGAACUUUAAGUGAAUUAGAAAAUGGAUGGAUGGAUUUAUUGUACUUGUCUACUCAUUAAUUUUACAGUGCAGAUUUAUUUAAUUAUGUAUCAUUCUAUAGUUCAUCAAGUAUGUCACUGAGAACCUAAGAUGUUUUCAAACUUGAACCUGUUUUCUACACUAAAUAAAAAAGACCAUGUGCCUUCUUUGAAA